CUCCACUACGACCCUUUGCCUUCUCUCUCAUUCACUCACACGUUCUUUGCCAUCGCCGGUGAGAAACCCUUGUCCGUCCAUUGUCUCUUCUCUUUGACAGCCAGCCUUCCAUCGUUCCAUAAGUGAUGGUCUGAAAAGUGGAUUUCAUAACAUCUACAACAGUAAAUUCAAUUUUUUCAAACCACAGCUCCAAAUGCAAUCACAGGCGAAAACACAUACCAUGAAGGGCCGCCAGAAAAGAAAUGCCCUGCACCGGAAAAAGCAUGAAAAAGUCCGUAAAGGCGCGACCUAUUCCAGUACCGGGUCAGUUUUUGACCGGGUUUGGCACUUCCCAGGUUUCUUACGUCACACCACAAGGGAGGAUAAAGGGUCGGUGGAGUCUGAACAAGGAUUGACUGAACAAGGAUUGUCUGCAAAAGUUGAAAUGAAUAGUCAGAAAGAUGGACUAAAUCCAGAAAUAUCAAGUAUUUGUGAGAAAACAAAUUUUCUGGAGGGAACAGAACUUGAUGCUAGCAUGAAAAACGACGACACAUUCAUUAAUAUUAACAAGAAAAGAAGAAAGACACGGUGCUAUAUUUGCGGUGCUACUAAUCACGAUGGGAACAUCUGCCAUAAGGUUACUAGUUGCUUAAUUUGCUCAAAAAAGGGUCACCUCAUCAUGGGCUGUCCAAAUAAAGACAACCCGGCUAUCAGGUGUUACAUUUGUCGAAAUUCUGGUCACCUCUGCUGUGUAGAUGAUAAAUUUGAAGGACCUUUAGGUGCUUCGUGCUACAAGUGUGGGCAGUUGGGCCACUUUGGUUCGGAGUGUAUGAAGCCAGAUGAUGCAGCUGCCAUUGAUCCUAAAGCAUUAGGCAAUAAGUGUACAGCGAGUGGUCCUUAUAGCCAACAGUGCCCCCAAAAGGUGCAGCAGCCAAAGAUUGCAGCUGAGAAAGCAGCAGCCCGGGCCGAAAAGAGGAGGGCCCGAAGAAAAGCCCGUCGAGCGAUGAAAAAAAACCAGAGCCCAACAACACUCAACACAAACCAAAACCAGCCCAACUCAUCAGUUGGCAAUGAGAGCCCAACAACACUUGACACAAACCAAAACCUGCCCAAAUCAUUGGUUGGCCCAUCCCCAACCGCAAGAACCAACCCGAAUAAUAAUAAUACCCACAAUUCAGGCCCGUUGCCUUCUCAUCAACAACACCAUACUAUGACUAUUCAUCAGUUAAGAACUCGAGCCCCCUAUCUUGAGAAUCACUAUCAAAACCCUCGGAACAGACCUCAAAUUACUCAAAUGCCCUUCACCCAAGGUGGUGCUCAGAUCAUGGUACUACCACCACCUCUUCCUCAGCCUCACGCAGCACAAACUCAAAUUUUUCGACCGCAUGUUAAUGUACAUGGGGUUUUCCGUCCUCAGACAGUAUCUCGAGUAACCGUAAACUACAAUAUUACGGUUUUGCCCUCCCAAUUUCCUGGUUUAGUUCAGAGCUAUCCUCCACUGUAUCCUAGUCACCCAGUUAUUGUCCCCUUGACUGGAACACAUAUUGCUCGACCGGUCUUCUUACUGAACAAACAGAGACAUGGCAAUGGAGGGAAACAAUCGAGACAUUAGAAUAUUCGAAACGCUAUCACAUUAUAUUUGCUUUUUUUUUUUUUUUUUAACAAUUUUCAUAUUGAUUUGGGUUCUUGGUACUGGUGAUGUUGUAUUAUUUUGUUGGAGUGAAUUUUCCUUUCUUGUGGUACAGUGGGUAAGUUUGUUAUCAUCUUUGUAAUUUUCCCUUUUACUUUCAUUUAUAUUUUUAUUAUAUUAGUUGUUUUAACUUCAAGCUUGCUGGCAUUCAGUAGGAGAAAGAUUGCCAUCAG